UAUGACAGCCUUCACCCAAGACUGAAAUUGUCUGAUGACCGCCUUGUAGUAAGCUGUAAUUGGAGGAGGAUAUUUUACCCCUGUGGUCCCCAGAGGUUUCAUAAAUUAUGGCAAGUGCUAAGCAGAGAUGUAUUCCUCUCUGGGAGCCAUUACUGGGAAGUUGCCCUGCUUCGUGCUGGAGCAGGAUGGUGGAUCGGAACAGCCUACCCUCCCAUUGGCAGGAAAGGAGACUCUGAAACCUGUUGAGUGGGCUGGAAUAGAGCAUCUUGGUGCCUUAAGAAGUUUGAAUUUGAAUACUGGGCAUUUCACAAAGGGGAGAGAAUCCCCAUCCUGAUAGAAGAUGAUCCCGAUUGCAUUGGCGUUCUUUUGGAUUAUGGACUUUUGUUCUACAAUGUUACUGAGAGCAUGGCCCAUUUGCACACCUUCCACUGCAAGUUCUCAGAACCAGUUUACCCAGCUGUGAGGCUCUGGGAAGGGUCCAUUGGAAUAUGCAAACUAAUGUAA